AUGGAGAAGCAACCGAAAUCAAAGAACAAGAUUCUCAAAUUUUUACCCAAAGCAGCUUCUGCAGUCUACUUCCAAAACCCUCCAUUUAGCCCCAGUAGAGAUAAACGAUCAGAGAAUCACUUCCACAGACACAGAGUUCAUGCCGGUAAAGGUUUCUCCAGUCCAGUUGUUUCCAUCAUCCCCGAUGAAAUUCGACGGAAACCCAAGAAUGGUAGCUUUGAUUCCCAAGAACCCAACUCGCCUAAGGUGUCCUGCAUGGGCCAAAUCAAAUGCAAGAAGAAGAUAGUAAACAAGGCCAAGCACUCUUCGUCUCCUCAUGAAGCAAAGACUGUGCCUUCUUCACGCGAGAUAAAGAAACAUGAGUCGACUAUUAUGAAAUUCUCUGGUAGUGCAAGGCCAAUUGAUGAGAGGAGGAGAUCAGAUUCUUCUAUCUAUGAUAAGCAACCGCUUUCUGAUAGAGCACCACCUUCUUUGAGUCAGAUGAGACACUUUGCGAGCAGUCGUGAUGCUUUUGCCAACUUUGACUGGACGGCUCAGAUUGCGCCGGUGGAUUCAGAACACGGGGAUUCUUAUGCCGAUGAAGAGGGCAGAGUACACAUGGACAUAGAAGAAGAAGAGGUGAUUGUUCCUUUCUCAGCGCCUACAACCGUUGGUCCAUCAGUGGCUUUGCAGCCAAGAAGAGAUGUUAAUCUAUGGAAGAGAAGAAUCAUGAGUCCACCUAGGCGUCUUCAGUUGAAUUUAAUUGUCUGAACAAUUUGAAUUAAUCCAUUUUUUUCCAAGAUUCCUUCUUUUAACUGUAUUUGUUUCUUUUUGUUUGGGCAGAGAAUGGAUUAUAAAGUUGCAUCCCGAUGAAGGAUUCUAAACAAUAGUCUUAAAGAAUCCUACGUUAAAAAUAUAUAAAAAUAUAAAGAUAAUUAUAAAUAAUUAUAUUUUAAUAUUAAAUUCACUAAUCAUUUUAAUAAA